GUGGCAGCCAACCAGUGGGCGCGCCGCAGACGCAAGUGUGUUGUCCACGCCGUCAGCCACUGGCUCUCGGAGGCCUGCGCCGCGGGGCUCGGGGUGGACCUCACGAAAGCCAUCUGGCCCACGAAAGCCAUGCCACAGGGCGACAGCUGCGCCCUGGGGGCCAUGACGGCGCCUUUGUGCCCUGGCACCCAGAGCCCGCCUUGGAUUGGGCGUGACGACAGAAGUUUAGGCGCGAAGGGCGAGCGCGCCUCCGCAGACUUGCGGGCCGGCCUCGAGGCCACGCAGGCCUUCGACUCCGACGUCGGUUUCGUGGAGAACGCCGCCACGCGCCAAGAGUGGGGCGCUCCGGGCAAGCAGCGGGUGGAGCACUUUGGCCUUACGGCGGUGCCUGCAGAUCCGUCCCAACCCAUCCUCCCCAGGGGGGGCUGGCAAGAGCUGUUCGCUGCCCUCGCGGUUCUCGCCUCGCUCCCGGGGGCCAUGGACGUGCGCGAGCGGCUCAGCGUGGCCCCGCUGGUGGCACCUGUUCCCCGCGCAGUGCCAGACCAGCCAUUCUGGGCAAUCUUGCGUUCAAGGUGCAGCACGUGGUGGUGCCAUUGGCGAUGGUGGGCGCAGCGCAUCAUGCUGCGCCCGCCUCUCUCGCCAGCCAUCGCUGCAGCCACAGCGUUGGCCAGUCCAUCCCUGGUCUGGAGCCUUGUUGCACGACGAGCAGUCGCCGAACAUUUCGAGCUCCUGGGGUUGACCAGUUGCCGGUUCGAUCUCGAGUGGGGCCUGCAGGUGUCCGUGGACCGCAAUGACUC